AUGGAUUAUAAUAAUCGUAUUGGUUCCAAAAAAGGAAGCGGUGGAAUUGCGGGAGAUGCAGAAACAAACCAGUAUCGAAAGGAGAGGCUACGAAAGCUUCUUCUUUCAAAAGUGGAUAUUGAAGCGGAUCCAUAUGUUAUAAGAAAUCAUAUGGGUGUUUUAGAAUGCAAACUUUGCUUUACAACUCAUUUUUCUGAGGGAUCAUAUCUAACACAUACUCAUGGUAGAAAACACCAAUUUAAUCUUAUGAAAAGGGUCGAAGCUGAGAAAAGGAGCUCAAGCGCAAACGAGGACAAAACACAAGGUAUAUCCGAUCUACCUAAAAGAAAGUUUAUGAAGAUCGGAAAACCAGCCUACAGGAUUAGUAAAGUCAGAGAUCCCGUCACCCUAGAAAAAGGGCUCACGUUCCAUUUGAAAUAUCCAAAAAUUAAAGAUGAUAUUACACCAUGUUACAGACUAAUGUCAUCUUUUGAACAGGAUGUUGAACCAAGCAAUCCAAAAUUCCAGUAUGUUAUUAUCAGUGGUGAACCAUAUGAAAACAUAGGAUUUAAGAUUCCUAGCUUUAAGGUUGAUUUGAAGGCGGAUAAAACAUGGGAAUUUUGGGACCGGGAUACCAAGGAGUAUUUUAUUCAAAUUCUUUUUACUAAAUAA